AUGCACAGGGCCUGGCUCCUCAUGGCCCUGGUGUUUCCCCAGCUCCUGGUCUGGGGGGCCCAGAGGGAGUGGGAGGGGGCCUGGGGAGGAGCCCAGGAGGAGGAAGAAAGGGAGCGGGAAGCGCUGAUGCUGAAGCAUUUACAGGAGGCUCUGGAACUGGCAGCUGGAAAGGAGGAUGAAAAUCCGGGGGAAAACUCCGAGACGAAAGAGGCCUGGGAGAACCAGGACGGCCAGGGAGAAGGUGAAGAGGACCCCACGCAGGCCCCUUCUCCCAGCCCCAGUCCCUCGCCGACCCCUGAGGAUGUCAUCACUUACAUCCUGGGGCGCUUGGCCGGCUUGGACUCGGGCCUGCACCAGCUGCACGUCCGCCUGCACACGCUGGACACUCGCGUGGUGGAGUUGACCCAGGGGCUGCGGCAGCUCCGGCAGGCGGCGAGGGACACCAGAGACGCGGUGCAAGGCCUGCAGGACGCGCAGAGCCGUGCAGAACGCGAGCAUGGCCGCUUGGAGGGCUGCCUAAAGGGCCUGCGGCUGGGGCACAAGUGCUUCCUGCUCUCGCGAGAGUUCGAGGCGCAGGAGGCGGCGCAGGCGCGGUGCGCGGCUCGGGGCGGAAGUCUGGCGCAGCCCGCGGACCGGGCGCAGAUGGAGGCGCUGGCCGGGUACCUGCGCGGCGCCCUGGCGCCCUACAACUGGCCCGUGUGGCUGGGCGUGCACGACCGGCGUGCCGAGGGUCUCUACCUCUUCGAGAACGGCCAGCGCGUCUCCUUCUUCGCCUGGCACCGCGCGCCCCGACCCGAGCCCGGCGAUCGCGAGCCCCGCGGCGCCCCCACCUUGCACCCGCUCAGCCCCGACCAGCCCAACGGGGGCCCGCUGGAGAACUGCGUGGCUCAGGCCUCGGACGACGGGUCCUGGUGGGACCACGACUGCCAGCGGCGCCUCUACUACGUCUGCGAGUUCCCCUUCUGACCUCGCCGCGCCCCGCACCCCCUGGCCAUCCUCGUCCUUUUGGGGGGCCCUCCUGG